CUCCUCCCCGAUAAGAUCACCGCACAGCAGGAGAAACUGAAACAGGAAAUGUUAGGACAGUUGAAACAACUGGGCAACAUGGUGCUCAAACCGUUUGGUCUUUCCACUAACAAUUUUAAAUUAACUCAAGAUCCCAACACCGGUGGUUAUUCCAUCAAUUUCACACAAGGUACUUAA